AUGUUGCCAACCUACGAAGAAGUUAUAAAGUUUUACGAGUGGAACCGACACAAAAUAAAAAAUGAUAAGGAAACUAAAAAAGAACCAUCAUAUAAAGAGUUAGAGACUGUUGUGGUAGCAAGGAUUAAAGAAAUAUGGGCAAAAGCUUCAAUUCCUAUAGUCCAACGCAAACGAGUAAAGGCAAUGUUACAGACAUAUCAUUUAAAAUGUAAGAAUCUGCUCAAAUCCAACCCUAAAAUACCAGAAAACAAAGAGUUUCGUCGUAGUAGUAAAGCACUGUUUGAUAUUUCGUCUUGCAAGUGUAAGGAAAUGAAUAAUUGUACUUGUCCUAGAGAGAAAAAAAUACCUGUAAGGAAACAGAGCUUUUUAAUCGACCAACGUACUGCUAGAAAAAUGGUUAUGGGAACAGUAGAUAUAGAUGCAACGAAUCAAAUGAGGAAUACUUUGAAAAGGAAGCUGUUAAGGCAAAAAUCCCUGUGUAAGCCUCAAAAAGAAAGUAAAGAGGAGCCCAAUAUUUCAACUUCUUUCACAUCCAGUGAAUCCGAUCGUGAUGACGUGCCCCAACCACAAUUGCCUGCCGUUACAAUCGAUUACACUUUACUAUCAAAAAAAUGCGAUAGAUUUGGAGUGUCAGACAGGGCAGGGGCAGCCAUCGCCUCAGCGGUUCUGCAUUCCACCAAUGUAGGGGUUAUUGAUAAAAAUAAGCUUCGCCGGAAGCGUAAGAAAACAAGAGAAAAUAUUGUGGAACAGAAUAAAAUUUUACAUGUACCUGCUUUAUACUUCGACGGUCGAAAAGACAAAACUUUAACUUUGACGGAAAAAGACGGACAAUAUUACAGACAGAGUAUCCUAGAAGAACAUAUUUCUUUGAUAAAAGAACCGGAAUCCAAGUUCUUGGGGUAUAUCGCACCAAAUUCGGAAACUUCUAAAUCCAUAGAACAAACAAUUAACGAUUUCUUUUUGGAAUCGAGUAUACCUAUGGAAUCUUUAUUGGCAGUUGGGUGUGACGGAACGAACGUAAACGUCGGGAAAAAAGGAGGAAUUAUACGUUUGCUAGAACAAAGAUUGAAUAGGCCAUUACAAUGGAUAAUCUGCUUGUUGCACAUGAAAGAAUUGCCUCUGCGACAUUUGUUCAUAGAAGUUGAUGGCACAACAUCGGGACCCCAGACGUUUUCAGGACCAAUUGGCAAAAUGCUGGAAAAAUGUGAAACAAGGCCCGUUAUUCAAUUUCGACCUAUCCCCGCAGAGUUACCCGAGGUAACCGCUAAAGAUCUUAGUACAGACCAAAAGUAUUUAUACAAAAUAGUAUCUGCGGUGUACCUGAUGAAGAUAUUCAAUUAUUUAUCGAACAAAAAGGAGAAAGUGAAAUAUCUUUCCUACGCCAAGACUGUAACAGAAGCUUCAGGUACUUUGUGUAGUAAAUCUGAUAGAGAAGGAUUUAUAAAAGCAGAGAUAGAGUCUCGAACAGUUAUGCCGAAAAUCGACAGUAAGAAAGAUUUCGUUGCUUAA